CAAAACUUUAAUCCGGGCCCACAAUUAAAGCGGCCCAAGAAUAAGAGAGAGAAAUAAAAUAAACCGACAGAGAAAUUGAUUUUCCCACCGUUGCCGCGGAUUUGGAUUUCCUUGAUUUGAUCCCGCCUCUCGUUUCCUAGCCGUCGCCGGCCGCCGCAUGGGAAAACUUUAAAAGGUGAAAUCUGUCAGCAUGAAUCAACAGAGUCAAGGAACGGGCUCUUUAUCUUCGCCAGACCCCCCUAUGAAGCGAAAACGUGGACGUCCACGUAAGGAUGAGAACUUGGCUCCGGCAGAGAGUCCAACUGUGAUGCCAGGAGCUGACGGUUUGAAGAAAACCAAACAGAGUGCAAGUACAAGUGAUGAUGUUGAGAAUGAAAUGGUAGGCCAGGUAGUCACUGGCGUGAUUGAAGGGGCAUUCGAUGCUGGAUAUCUUCUGAAUGUUAGGGUCGGAGAUACUGACACUCAGCUGAGGGGUGUUGUAUUCCUACAGGAGAAAAUCACUCCCAUUACACCAGCAAAUGACAUUGCUCCUCAUAUUAGGAUGUGCAAAAGAAGAGAAAUUCCCCUACCGCCUCUCAACCCACAAUCUCAGCGUUAUGAGUCUGCCCGCCCAUCAGACCAAAGUAAUAGGCAACCUGUUGAUGUGAAACCCCAAAUACCUACAGUUCCUAACCAAACUCAAUCCUCUGUCCCUCAGUCUGGAAUCCCAGAGUCACUUGAAAACAAAUCUUUCCUUUUUGUGAUUCCUCCAGUUGUUAAUUUGCCGAAGAAUGAUGCGGGCCUACCCUUGGGAAGAAAAGUCAUGUCACAACAAUUUCCGGAACCUGGAACUGAUAGCCAAUCUACCCCUGCGAUGCCAAAGCCAGAGCAUAAUAAUGUUGUUGAACAGGAGAAAGUGUUGGAGGAAGUUGAAGCUGCCACAGUAAUGGAAGGGCCAAAUGGUGUCGAGGCCAAUAAAGCAUCAAAAACAGAAACAAGAGCUGAACCAGUUGCUGACAUACCAGGCGUUGAACCUGUGUGUAAGCCUCCUGAAAUUCAAACUCAGGCUGUGGGUUCUGAAAAGAGUACAUCAUUUGCUGAUGAAGUAAAGAGCUUUGGACUUGAACUCAACCAGACGCCUGUAUUUGCCGAACCCUCAGCAAUGACUGUCAUGCCAGUUGGUGAACUCAACCAAACACCUGCGUCUGCUGAACCCGGAGCAAUUUCUGUCAUGCCAGUCGUUGAAACUGAAGUUAAGGAUCAUCAAAUUCAAGCUGAGGCCGUGGAUUCUGAAAAUGAAAAGAGCGCAUUGGGUCAUGAUGGUGCAAAGAGCCCAAAUCUCGAGCUCAACCAAACUUCUAUAUUUGCCGAACCUGCCUCUGUCGCUGUCAUAACAGGCAUUGAAACCCUAUGUAAGGAUUCUCAAAUCCAACCUCCAGAGUUCGGUCCUGAAAAUAGUUCAUUGGUUCAUGAUGCGGUCAAGAGCCUGGACUUCGAACUCAACCAAACUCCGUCUGCUGCACCUGUUAGUAUGCCAUCCGUAUCAAACAUUGCUGCAGAAGGAUCUAUUCCUCUAGGAACUGCCGAACUUCAAAUCCCUACUUCUGAUGGCAUUAGCAGCGUGGAGUGUGACGUCGAAGAUGUCAUUCCACCUGCGCAAUCGUAG